AUGGCUGCUUCUAGCACUCGCCCCUCCGUGACUCUGCCUCAGGGCCAGGUGAUAGGAAUCCAAAUCAAGGAGGAAUUCCCUGUCACUCUCGAUGCCUUUUUGGGAGUUCCGUACGCACUUCCACCUGUUGGAGAACGACGAUUUAAGCCGGGAUUCAAGGUAGCAGAAUCUACCGAAACCAUUGAUGCGUCAAAAUAUGGUCCGGCUGCUCCGGGUAAGGCCUUGCUUGCUGGAGGACCAAAACUCGAGCAAAGCGAAGAUUGCCUUACUGCAAAUAUUUUCCGGCCACCUACAACGAGUGAAGCGAGCAAGUUGCCUGUCGCGGUGUACAUUCAUGGAGGUGCAUUUAAUCGAGGGUCGGCUACAAUGCAUGACACAGCCUCAAUGGUUGCUUGGUCCGAGUCGCCGUUCAUUGGGGUGAGCUUCGGUUACCGGAUUGGUGCAUUAGGAUUCUUGCCCUCCAGUUUGUCGAAGAAAGAAGGUGUCCUGAAUCUCGGGCUACGUGAUCAAGUCCAUUUACUUGAAUGGGUGCAAGAGAACAUUGCCAAGUUUGGAGGUGAUCCUGGCAAUGUGACACUGUUUGGCCUAUCGGCUGGAGCGCAUUCGAUAGGACACCAUCUUUUGAAUUACAAGGAGAAUGCACAAGCUCUUUUCCACCGUGUCAUCAUGGAAUCUGGCUCGCCUACAUCCCGCGCAGUUCGUCCCUAUAAUGCAAAGAUACACGAACAACAAUUUCAAGACUUCCUACGUGAGGUUGGCUGUCCGACUGACAUACCCGAGGAUGAAAUAUUCCCUUUCCUCCGGUCUCUGCCUAGUGCAACUGUGACGAAUGCCCAAACAAAGGUCUUCGACAAAUACAAUCCUUCCCUUCGGUGGGCAUUCCAGCCUGUGAUAGACGAUGAUAUCAUUUAUCGCAAGCCUUUAGAUGCCUGGAAAUCCCAGCUCUGGAACAAAGUACCGAUCAUGACGGGCUUUACCACCAAUGAGGGAAGCAUGUAUGUGGACAAGAAGAUGUCCGAUCCGUCGCAGUUCCGCAGAUUUUGGAAAGACCUACUCCCUGAAUUGUCGGUUUCGGAUCUGGAUACAAUUGACAGGCUGUACUCUGAUCCAAGUGCAGACCCAGCGUCGCCGUAUGUCGAGGACAGAGAAGGUUGUGGCCUCGGUCCUCAGUACAAGCGUAUUGAGGCAGCGUAUGCUCACUACGCAUAUGUUGCGCCUGUCCGUCAGACAGCUGAUUUUGCCUCCUCUCAAGGUGUACCCGUUUACCUAUACCACUGGGCUCUUCCAAGAACAGUGGUCAACCGAGCAAACCAUGGGGAUAACAUGUACUAUGAAUCCUAUAAUAAGAGCAUAACAGGAGUUUCGGAGUCACAGAAGGAGCUAUCAGGAACUCUCCAUGCCUAUUUGACUAGUUUUAUCACCCAGGGCAAUCCGAACGCUAUCAAGGGCCGCUGCUCACAAAGGCCUGAGUGGGAGGCCUUUGUGCCUGAUGAGCCAUGCGUGAUGACCUUUGGACAAGGUAAUGAGGAACUAAUUGGGGGCUCCACGGCUCCUCCGGCAAAGUUUGUCAAGGAUCAGUGGGCGAGGGAACAAACUGAAUUCUGGUGGUCCAAAGUUCCGAUUUCACAACUCGCUUGA